GACAAUGAGCGGGAGGAGCUUUCAAGCGUCUGUGUUUCUUAAAAUGAACUGAACAUUUCUGCGAAGCUGGCUUCAUUCUUAGUGAAAUAAUAGAUAAGAGCAUCAAGUGAACAUAAACAAUGAUCAACAAUCAGUGUUUGGCGGCAGCGGUUGCCAUUUGUGCCUUAUCGUUUGCGGUUAUACACGCAAAGAAGAAGAAGAAAAAGAAGCGCCGAAGGGUUUGGACCAAACCACAUUUGCGGGGUCGCGGACAAUAUGGCUUGGAAAUUCUACAGCGGCAAUUGGAGCUUAAUGACAAAUCAGGAUUCAGAGAACUACUCCGGAUGACUGCAGAUGAGUUUGAGUUUCUGCUGGAGAGAGUGUCACCUCUUAUAUCCAAACAGAAUACCAAACUGCGGAAGGCGAUCACGGCUAGAGAUCGGCUCUCCAUAACCUUGAGAUAUUUGGCUACAGGUGAGACCUUUACAUCACUGGCGUUUCAAUAUUGUAUUGGCAGAUCCACUGUGUCCUGUAUUGUCACAACGACAUGUGAAGCCCUCCAUCUAGUCCUAAAGGAUGAAUAUUUGAAGACCCCUACAUCUGAGGACGAGUGGCGAACUAUAGCCAAGCACUUCUUUGAGAGAUGGCAGUUUCCAAACUGCCUGGGUGCUUUGGAUGGCAAGCAAAUUAACAUACAGCCACCAUACAACUCGGGCAGCACAUACUACAAUAACCAAGGCCAUUUCUCUGUUGUGCUCACAGCUGUAGCAGAUGCAAGAUACUACUUCACCUAUGUCUAUGUGGGCUGCCAGAGUAGACUUGCUGAAACUGGCAUCUUUGCCCAUUCUGACCUGCGCAGAGCCAUGGAUGAAGGACACCUGAAUGUGCCACAAGCAGAGCCUCUACCAAAUAUGGGGGAUGUAUUUCCAUACAUGUUUGUGGGUGAUGAUGCAUUCCCACUGCGAGCAGACCUAAUGAAGCCUUACUCUAGCAGACAGUUGGACCAUGAUGAAAGAGUUUUCAAUUACCGGCUGUCGAGAGCUCGCAGUGUGGUAGAAAAUGCUUUUGGGAUUAUGGCAAACCGCCUUCGUGUGUUCAGAACUACCAUCUGCUUGAAGCCAGAAAAGGUAGUGAAAGUAACCUUGGCAUCAUUGUGUAUCCACAACUAUCUUAUACGCUGCCAAUCUGAUGCAUACAUGCCACCUAUGCUCGCAGACUGGGAAAAUGCCGCGCAUGAAGUAAUCUCUGGGAGAUGGAGAUCAGAUGGACCUGGGACACUUCAGGAUGUACCUUUAGGAUCAGCACGCAAUCCCUCACAGCAUGCCAAGGACCAGCGUGACAAACUUAAACAGUACUUUGUCUCACCUAUGGGCCAGAUGCCUUGGCAGGAGAACCAUAUUUAGCCUGCCACAAGUUCAAGGUCAAUGACUUUGCUAAUAAAGCUGACCUCUUUUACAAACCGUGGCAAAUCUGGUUCUUAAUGUGGAAAGGAGGAAGCGGGGACCGGGUGAACAAUCCAUGUGGACAUUUAUUGCUCCACUUUUCAGUGACACAAUAAGACAUUGGUUGUUCCACUGUUCAGUGUCACACAUAACACACUGCUUUUCAGCAGCCACUUCACACUGACACACAGCUCUGGCAUCUCUCUCUCGAACUAGUACUCCGGCUCCUCUUUAUCUCUCUUCCGGCUGAUUGCUAAUUCUCUGCUAGGCAUCCAUCCUUACUGCUCGGCCACGCCCGGCUCGCCACAUAGACUUUGUUGAAUGUUCUGACAAACAGUGACAUUAUUGAAGUCCUUAUGGUAUUUUUUUUCUUUUAAUAAACUUUUGAAGUACUGUAAACAGUCUUGCUUACAGUGUCCUGUAUAAAUAUACACAACACUUAGACUGGAUGCAACUAACUAGUUCAGUGAUUUCACAGUAGCUAUUAAUAAAUUAGUGCCUUAUUUGGACACAAAGUAUGCUCUUUAAUCCUGUCAUAUUAUAGUCUGUAGUGCAUUAAGACCAAUUAAAGCUUUACAAACACCUAUAUUUCACCAACACCGAAACAUCAAGGUAAAAAUUAUGUUAUCAGGCGGUAACAUUGCAAGACAGUAAAAAAGAUCUUGGAAUAAACAUAAUUUAUUUCAUUAGUUAAUUAUAUUAGUGGUAGUGUUCAUAUGAGGUGUUUUUUGUUCCAUUUAUAGGUGAAGUGGUAUAAAAACAAGGGGAAAGUUCACCCAAAAAUGUUCUCAUCAUUUACUCCCUUGUGCCAUCAUGUGUAUGACUUUCUCUCUUCUGCUGAACACAAACGCAGAUAAAGGCAGCAUAAAAGUAAUCCAUAAGACUUAAGUGGUUAAAUCUAUUUCUUCCAAAGAGAUCCAGUUGGUUUUGUGUGAGAACAGUUUAAAAUAUAACUCCUUUUUUACUGUACAUCUUGACAGCAGUCUUCGUGGCAAUCAUGAUUUCGACCUUGAUUACGCUUCCUCUAGGGCCAUCUAGUUAUGAAGGUCAAUCUGUUGCAAAACUCGAGAGCUUGAUUUGAAGUUGAGAACUUGUACAUAUUGUAAAUAUUUGUACUUGUGAGUGGAAAAUUACACGCACAGCCCUGAUGAAAAAUUGAGUUGAAAUGCUGCAAUCUGCACUCACUUUUGAAUUCAAAGUUACAGACGAAGAGUCAAUACAUUGACAAACACAAAGUUGUAUUACAUAUUUACUUUUGUACUUUAAUUCACUUCCGCAGUACAACCACAAAUGGGCAGUUACAACCUCUCAAAUUUGCUACUGCAACUUUAAAUCUUCCCGCCUUGACUUUUGCAAAAAACCUGUAGCUUGUAAAUCAGAUGUGAGAGCAGACUACCGGUGUUCUGAAAUAUUCAGUUUCUGAGAUUUUCGGUUGCACUGGGCGGAGCAAACAUGAAUAUUCACGAGUUUCCUGUUUCGUGUUAAAGCAACACUGAAAAUAUUAGUGCCUGCACAAUUUAAUAAAUUGCUGUGAAAAGAUGAACAGUUAAGCUUAACUUCGUUUGAUGCUGAAACUUAAUUACAUUUCCGAAAACAUAGUUUACUAGGUUAAAGUAAAUUUCUUAGUUUUUUUAUCUGUCAAAAUGAUGGACAGCAUUUGGAAUUAUCCGCCAAUGUUUCAAAAAAAUCUAUAAAUGACAGAGAAUUCUCAGUUAGUGCAGCUCCUGGCGGUGAGAGCUCGAUUAAAAGCUGCCUCUGGCAGUGAAAGAUUUUACCCCUACUGAGAAAUGUUUCUGCAGGGUGUUUAUAUUCGGUAAAACUACAUGGGAUGCGACAAUCCAGCCAGCUGUCAUAUGCCACGAGUUCUAAAUUUCCUUGAAAACAUGAACUAGAGGUUAGGUAUCAAUAGGUAUAAGAGUGAAGAAAAUCUCAAUUAUCACCAGAGAAAUGUUCCAACAGAUAAAAUACAGUGAAUUAUUGAUAACACCAGAGACAUGAUAGCUGGCAAAUCCUUAAAUUGUCAGAGUGCAGCAUUAUGCUAUAUUUCAGUCAUUUUCUGACAUUUAUUUAUCUUCUGUAUUAUGUAAAUGUUGCAUUAAAAUGUUUAAACUAAGUCUGGUAUGUUGCUGAAGUGCUUGGAUGGAAACAUGUUAGACAUUUAAAACACAUAACAACAUGAGUGUUAUUUCCAACAGAUUCUCCUAAUUUUCACAUUAAUGGGUAACUAUAUUAAUCAUGCUGGCUGACUGUCUAUAGAAGAUUAAAAACCAUGCCAUUAUUAUUUCAGUUAGUCAUUUCCCUUAUAUUUCUACUUCAGUAUUGUAACUGAUAUUGCAUUGUUGCAAAUUACCAAGCACAUGUUAAAUCUAAUGAAGUCAUACAGUACUUGCUUAGAUGAAUUGCAAUGCUACUGUAAUUAUUGUAAGAAACCCACUUGUAAAAUAAAGAUAAUAUUGUGCACAGUGUGCAUUCUUGUUUGAAAUGAGACUGUUCAUAUAUUUAUCCAUUCAGAAUAAA